AUGGCCAAAGCAAAGAGCUCGUCCAAGUCCAAUGGCAUAAGGAAGCCCAAAUCCGCCGGCGCUAUAGAGCAAGCACCGGUACCACUCAAAGCACUCCCGGUCACUCUUCUCUCAGGAUUUCUGGUAUUAGUCGGAUGCUUCACUUAGGCUCGAAAGCAUGUUGAUCUUCGGACAGGGCUCAGGAAAGACAACACUCCUCCAGCACAUCCUUCGUAGCGAGCACGGCUUGCGAAUCGCUGUGAUUGUGAACGAUAUUGGAGCGUAGGUUCGGCUGCGUUACCCUUGCAAACGAAUGCUAACUCUGUGAUAGUAUCAAUGUCGAUGCCAAUCUCAUCCGCAACACACACCGUCUCACUAGAACGGAAGAGAAGGUCAUUGCCCUCCAGAAUGGCUGCAUCUGCUGUACACUCCGCGGCGACCUCUUGGAGGAGCUUGUCCGACUCGCCGAACUUGCCGAGUUCGACUACAUUAUCGUUGAAAGCAGCGGCAUCUCUGAGCCCGAACAGGUCGCGGAGACAUUCGAUGCCCGCCUGGCUGAGCAGAUUAGCCAGAUGGGCCAAGGCCCAGAAGGGCUCGAUGAGGCUACACUAGCUACUCUCAAGCGCUUGAAAGAGGCCGGCGGGCUGGGAAAUUUCGCAAGACUGGACACAGCGUGCACGGUUAUCGAUGCCUUCACUAUGUUCCAUGACUUUGAAACCGUAGAUCUUCUCUCGGCAAGAAGAGACGAUGUCGCGCCCGAGGACGAGCGUACGGUGAGCGAUCUAAUGGUGGAUCAGAUCGAAUUUGCCGAUGUCAUCGUACUUAACAAAAUCGACAUGGUUGACACCAAGACCAAAGCCCGCGUGAGAGCUUUGGUCAAGAAGCUCAAUCAUCGCGCGAAGAUCAUUGAGAGCAGCUAUGGCAAGAUCGAAGUCAGUGAUAUUGUCAAUACUAGCAUGUUCAAUCUUGAAGCUGCACAGACUGGAUAUGGAUGGCUUCAAGAUCUGCAUGCUAUGACGGUCCGGGAAGUCAAUGGCAAGAAGACGGUUACACCAAAGCCCGAGACGGAAGAGUGAGUGCCCAUGUAUACCCGUCUCUGGAGUCUUUCUGCUAAUAACAUGGACAGAUACAACGUUCGCAACUUCGUCUAUGUCCGACGUCGACCUUUCCAUCCUCGCCGUCUCUUCGCUUUGUUGCAUGACAAGUUCAUUCUUCAGCAUCCACUGGACGAAGUCGACGAGGACGAAGAAGAGGACGAUGACGACGCUAUGGAAGAAGAUGAAGGCGAAGAUGAUGGAGAAGAAGAGGAGGACAUCGACAUGGAAGGCCCUCUCGAUCUUCCCGACCCGUCUGACAUUUUAGCAAACAAGAAAGCCCAUCCCCUCUUCGCCAGGCUCUUCCGCUCCAAGGGCGAGUACUGGCUUGCCACUCGCCCCAAUCGUGCCGGCGAAUGGUCUCAAGCCGGGGCAAUGCUGACUCUUGCCGGCGGACGGCCUUGGUUCUGCACCAUCGAUCGCUCCGAGUGGGAGACUGGCAACGCGGACAUUGACGCUAUGGUUGAGCAUGACCUCACGAAGGGUGGUGUAUGGGGUGACCGUCGACAAGAACUUGUCUUUAUCGGCGAGAAGCUCGAUAUCGCCGGUCUUGAAGCCGAGCUCGACGCCUGCCUGCUCGACGAUCCAGAAUUCAAGAAGUGGGAGCAAGUCAUGAUGCGAGGAGGCGAGGGACCGAAUGGUGGAAAUGCCCAUGUGAACGAGGCAAAGGCCCAGGCUUUGGCAGAUCUGUUCGACGAUGGGUUUCCCGACUGGGAUGAUCCGGAUCACAACAGCCACGAGCAUAGCGGAGGCGACGCAAUAGAGGUGGAAUUGGACAGGCACGAUUCGCAUUAUAGCAGCUCGCCUAAGAAUCACG